ACACAUUUUAAUCACAGAAACUAGUUUUUAUUAGAAAUACAAAAGCCCUUUUACUUAUUUAAAGCUUUGUAGUGGAAAGUUCUUGUCACAUUUCGUUAAAACUUCGAGUACUUAUGCAUUCGAGUGAAGUGUGCAAGGGAAGAUACAAUAUAUGAUAAAAAAUAACGAAAUUCUUAAUAAAAACAAAUACAAAUUCAGAGCAGAGAGAAUGAUAAGCGCCACGAAUAAUACUCAUAGGAAUUUAUGAGCGGUGAACAAACAACAUUUUAUCACAACAUUCGCACCACGAAGUGAAUACACUAUAGAAGGUCGUAAAGGCUCUCCCGCCGACAUUUGUGGGCUGACGAAUAGAGGUGUGUAUUUAGUUAUGUGAAGAACCUGAGGAGAAGCGGUUGCAUUUCACGUUAAACGAGGCGAAAACGUGCGAAAGAAAAAAGAAAAGCAAACUAAAGAAGACGAAAAACUAUAAACAAAUAGACGUUUUAGCACACGAAUAUACAAAAUUGCAUACAUUUGCGCCUGGUUACAAUGCAUAAAUGCUAAAAUAGAAAUUUAAAAAAAAGACAAAUAAACAAUAAUAAGUUUGCACUAAACUGGGAAAUGCUUCCGAUCGCUACACGGCUGCCUUACGCUCUGCGUGCAGUUUUGCGACAGCAACUCAACAAGCAAAUCAUAGGAUGUCAUUAUUUUGCAACGAGUAGCGAGAACGGCGCGCCGACGCUUACUGCCGAGCACCCGCUUAAGGGCUUACGCAUUCUUGAUAUGACACGCAUCAUCUCGGGCCCCUACUGCACCAUGAUUCUGGCUGAUAUGGGCGCAGAAGUCAUCAAGAUUGAGCGACCAUUUUAUGGUGGCGAUGAGGCGCGCAAAUGGGGACCACCAUUUUUGGAGCACAGUAAGGAUUCCGCUUAUUUCUUAGCGAUUAAUCGUAAUAAGAAGAGUGCAGCCAUCGAUUUGAAACGUGGCAAGGAAAUCAUUUAUGAGCUUGCGCGUAAAUGUGAUGUGCUUGUGGAGAACUAUGUGCCGGGCAAGUUGGCUGAGUACGGUUUGGAUUAUGAGCAAAUGUGCAAGGUUGCACCGCAGCUCAUCUAUUGUUCAAUGACUGGUUAUGGUUCGGUUGGUCCAUAUGCUAAGCGUCCGGGUUACGAUGUGAUUGCAUCUUCGAUUGGCGGUCUGUUGCAUAUAACCGGUGAACGCGAUGGUCCACCAUGCAAGGUAGGUGUGGCAGUUACCGAUGCAGCGACCGGUUUAUAUGCUCAUGGCGCCAUUUUGGCCGCAUUACUGCAGCGUGAACGUACGGGGUAUGGUCAAAAAAUCGACGUCAAUCUGCUGUCCACCGGAGUGUCGCUACUAAUCAAUGUGGCUAGCAAUUAUUUGAAUGCCGGCAUAGAGGCACAUCGCUGGGGAACUGCACACUCGAGCAUUGUGCCGUAUCAGAGCUUUAAAACUGCCGAUGGUUAUCUAACCAUUGGUACUGGCAGUGACAAUCAGUUCCGCGAAUUAUGUCAGUUACUCAAUAUUAAUGAUAUUGCGGCGAAUGCGAAAUUCAAAACAAAUAAGGAUCGUGUUUGUAAUCGUACAGAAUUGAUAGCGUUGCUUGAAGAUAUUUUAGCAAAAAAGACGUCAAAGAGUUGGAUGCAACAAUUCGAUGGUGCUUCGUUUCCGGUGGGCCCCGUAAACAAUAUACGUGAGGUAUUCGAAGACGAACAUAUUCAGGCUAUUGGUUUGGUAAAAACUUUGCCACAUCCUAGCGAUGGCAGUGUUAAAGUGGUCGGACCACCUGUCGUCUUCAGUGAUUCUAAAAAUGAUGCACGCACAGCUCCCCCUCUGAUGGGACAACAUACAGAUGAGGUGUUAUCACAACUUUUGGGUUACAAUGCUGAACGGAUUGCCGAACUUAGAGAUAAGAAAAUUAUAGAAUAAAUAUGCCUACAUACUCUGAAACUUGUGGUAAUAAUCCAGUUCUCCUAAAGUGCAUUUAUAGUUUAACAAGUGGAACUAAAAAAAAUAGACCUUAAAUAUAUUAAUGGUGAUGUUAAAUAGACCUAAAAAUGUAUUGUCGGUAAAAAUAUUUAAGAAUAAUUAGAUAUGUACAUUAAAGUAUCCGUUAUUGCACAAGCAUAUUUUGCCCCCAAACGCCCCCCCCCGGUUCCAGUUUUUGCUCUAAAAAAAUUUUCCAACGAAAACAAACUCUUUCUUUUCAACAUAAACCGUGCAUAAAUCAAUUUA